AUGGCCCCCGGUACUGAGACUCACAAUGACGAAACCCAGUAUGCUGGCAAGGACAAUGAGGCUCUGGAGACGGCUAUCGAUCAGGAAAUCCACGCCUUCUUGAACCUCUUGGAGCAUAAAUACAUCUCUACCGACAGAGAGUUUCGCCCGGUCGACAUGGCAAGGAAGGUGCAGUACCUGACACUAGAUGUCAUUACCUCGCUCGCUUUCGGCCAAAAGUUUGGUUACAUCGACCAAGACACGGAUGUACACUCGUACAUUCAGAUAACGGAGGACAGCAUGCCGGUGAUGAUGGUCUUGUCGCUCUUUCCCGUACUCGCCAAGACAUUACAAACCAAGCUUUUCCGGUGGCUCAUGCCCUCUGAGCGUGACCGGGUUGGGUUUGGUGCCUUUAUUAGCGUCGCGAAGCAGGUCGUGAACGAACGGCUAGCGUCGGAUGACCCCUACCGGAAGGACAUGCUCGGCUCUUUCCUCGCUCAUGGUCUGACGCGGGAAGAAGCCGAGGGGGAGACACUUGUGCAGAUCAUCGCAGGAUCCGACACGACGGCAACGGCGCUGCGUGCCACCUUCUUGCACCUGAUGACCUCGCCGCAGGCGUAUGCCCGGUUGGCCAACGAGGUGCGAACCGCAUCGGCAGAAGGGCGGAUCUCGUCGCCCAUCACGGAGGCGGAGGCCCGCCAGCUCCCAUACUUGCAGGCGGUGAUCAAGGAGGGCCUCCGCAUCAACCCCCCAGUCACGGGGACGAUGGACACUAUUGUCCCUCCCGGGGGCGAUGUGCUGUGUGGAAUACCCGUGCCUGAAGGCGUCGAGGUCGGCGUGGCCAUGUUCAGUCUCCAGAGCCUUCAGUCCGUCUACGGGGUCGACGCCGAGGUCUUCCGCCCCGAGCGUUGGCUCGAAGCCGACGAGGCGCAGCUCAAAGAGAUGAACAGCACCAGGGAUCUCAUCUUCAAGUACGGCAAGUGGCAGUGCCUUGGCAAGAACGUCGCGCUCAUCGAGCUGAACAAGGUCUUUGUCGAGUGCCUGCGCCGGUAUGACUUCGCGCUUGUCUACCCUGGCAAGCCGUGGCACUCGGUCUCGGCUGGUAUCUUUCUUCAGUCUGAUCUUUUCACCAAGAUAACGCGGAUCAAGUGA